UCAAAAUGGCUGACGUCUAAGCUUUGUAACUUAUACAUACAUGUUUUUCAAUAAUGGUGUUUAUAUUAAAUGCAUUUUACGUAAUGUAGAAUUUGGAGUUAAAUGUCUAGCGUUCACGGUUUCGUGAAUUCUUUUAUAAAAAAAGUUCCAACACUCAAGAUGUCUAAAUACCAAUACAGCAAGCUGAUAAUGGAAAAGUUUCUCAGGCGGUCUUUUUAUGAUGCUGUCUUGGAACUGUAUGAGACAGCACAGGGGACACGCAUUAUUUCUGUUAGUCUUGAAGGCAAUCUUUCACUUGUUGUCAACAAAGAUGAAAUUUUCACCAUUAAAUUGAAUGAGAUUGCCCAGAGAGCAGAUGACAGAGAAGAACACCAGCAGAGAUAUAAAGAGAUGGGGGAGAUGAAGCUUGAAGAUGGCAUGGACAGAUAUGUAGUCAAAAAGGAGGAAUAUCUACCCAUUCCUGUUGAACCUAUUUCCAGCCUUGGAAAUGAAGUCAUAAAUCUAGAUCCUAAUCCGAAAGAUGUUGAAAAAUAUGCCCACUUGGACACUUCAGAUGGUGGCAAGGUAGAUGCUGGGUAUGACGACCCAAAAAGCAAGUAUUCAGAACCUCACGAUGACAAGUUGAAUGAAAGUAAAGCUGAGAGUGACUCGUUUGAAAAAUCAAGCGAUGGUGAGAGCGAAUCUGAGGACGAUGGAGAUUCUGAACUGGCUAUGACAUUUCACCCUCACUCUAUGCUACCCUUGGAUCAGCAAAAUAGUCACAAGACUGAUUUGGACACUAGUGUUGAUGAUAUAGGUUUUCUCCCUGUUGGUCAGGUAGAUGAGUAUAAAAGAAAGCUUGACCAUGAUCAGGCGGACUUGCAGGGAAAGAAGUCACCAAGGAAGCGACGUAAGACAAUGUCAUCCACUGAUGGGGACGAUGAAGGUUUGAAACCUGAUGACAAGAUUGGAAUUUCAGUUGGCGCUACUGAUGAUAGUAACACUGGGGGACUUCAAUUACUUCCUCAUACAGCCACUGCUCCUAUAAUUAUAGAAGAAGAUGAUAGCAGCUACGGCAGUGGGAUGACAGAAAAUCAAGUGGCACAGUUAGCUUUGUUUCAGAUGAGAGAUCCUAAUGUUGGAAUGUUCAGACAACAAGAUUUAGAGGAGCUGGCCAGACAGCAGCAGCAGUGGCAAAUGGUGGCCUACCAGCGCAGCAUCAUGGAGAAAUCUUAUCUCCAGCAACAAAUGCAGCAGUAUCAACGUGACACUGAGCGUCUAAGGUGGGAGUAUGUAGCACAGAGGGAACUGGUCCAAUCCAGAGACUACACACAGCACACUGAGGAGGCUGAUAAGAUUUAUAGGCAGAGCCAGUCCCAAACUGCAGCCACAGAAGCAGCUUUGUUGGCUGCAGCUGCCUUGGAGCAAGCUAAGAAAAGUGCUAGAGAAGGUAGCGAUGAAGUUGGUGCCACUGCUGACAAAAUGUCAAAUGCUCAAUAUUUGCGGCUUCUAGCAGAGGAGCAUGUGACUCAGGUGGACCCAGAUUACGAAGAAGGUGAACUGAGACCAGAGUCCCAUCUGUGCGUUUUGUGUGGUGUCAAGUCCAUGACAUUAGAUAUUCUCAUGCGACACAUGGAGAAACACAGAGUUGCUUUUGAAAGAUCCUGUUCUGUAUGUCAGUCUGGGACUUUGACUGGCAACAUGCUCAUUCUUCAUAUGGAAGCAUCACACGGACCAGAAACUAGUUUCACCUUACCUUCAACAGCACAGAGUGCAGCCAAUAGUGCUGUUGCCACACCUGCAUCUCAGUCCAUUUCAGAUUUCUCACAAUCUUUCCCUGCUUCACUGCAAACUAACUACAGCAGCCAGGUGCAGGAGGAAUCAAGUGGGAUGAAACUGCCACAGCAGCCCCAGUCUCCUAAACAUUCUGCUAAGUCACUAGGAUCUGAAGAAGCAGCAUCAAGUUCCAAUGUCAAAUCAGAAUCUGAGGAAAGUUUUGAUUACACAAUGGCGGCCUCAUCUUCAAGAAGUGAUUCUGAAAUGGCCACGCUUCCUCAAGAAAAUUUCCUGGGCAUUCCAUCACAGUUCUAUCCAUUGAUUGGUUGUCAGGUGUGUGGUGAGAAGUUUGCAUUGAGUGAAGCUUUGGAUGCACAUGUGGAGAGUCAGCACAAAGAUGCCUGUUGCACAUAUUCCUGUAAAGCAUGCUGUCUGACAUUCAAGACUCACAUAGAGUACAGUAAACACAUGACCAGGCACGAAUCAACUACCACUAAUCUCAAGUGUAGCCACUGUCUUAAAUCUUUCAAAUCUGUCAAACAGCUGCGGCUGCAUUAUGUUGCUGCCCAUGCCUGUUGCCACUUUUGUGAAUAUUGCCGGGCUGGUUUUCCAGAUGCCAUGUCUCUUCAACUCCACGAGCAGUUACACACAUUGGAUCCAGAAAAACUGACCUUCCGCUGCGAUAUUUGCAGCAAGGCCUUUUAUACUCAGUCCCAGUGUAGUGCACAUAAGCGGACUCACAAAGAUGAAAAGGCGCAUGCUUGUGAAGUUUGUGGUAGUGCAUUUUUCAAAAGAGGAGAUCUGACCAAACAUGUGCGCACUGUGCACUCCCCUAGCCGUUUAUUCUCGUGUAAGUUUUGUGGCAAGAAAGGCACCCGUAUGGACAACAUGAGGAGCCAUGUAAGGUCGCAUCACAAAAACAUGAGCAGAGAUCAAAUUAUCAAUAUGAUAGAAGUUAUUGAAUAAAUACUUGUCUUUCAUUCUGCCAGUGUUUGUAGUCUUUCUAACAUUGAUUAUUUUAUUUGCAUUCUUUUUUUUUUAUUCACUUUUUAAAAAUAAUUUAUUAUGUCUAUUACUUAAAUAAUUGUCUUGUUUUUUUUUUAAAUAUUGACAUUGUCAUUUCUAUACUUGUCAUUUGUAAAUAUAUUUUGUUGACAUGGAGAUGUCUUUUUUUUCAUCCUAAAGUCUUCACAAUUUAAUGUACAUUUUUUAAAUGGUAUUUACAUGUUCGUGGACAAAAGAUUUUUCAGAUUUUUGUAAGAAUUAUUCAAUACAAUUGUUUCUAAACUGUAUUGGUUAAUUUCAACAGUAAGAUAAAGCUACUUAUAAUUGAUAUUUUAAAUAGUAUUUUAUUAAAUUUAUUUUAAAAUUAUAAUGUGGCUUUCUAUAUUCAACAAAUUUGUAGUUUUGAACCACAGUCUGAUCUGAUUGAUAAAUAUUUUGUACACUUUUGGCCAAUAAAUAUUUUUUUUAUAUUUAUCUUUUUAUUUGUAUCAUGCAUUUGAAUUGUUGAUUAUCCAAGCAUUUAUGCCACCCUCUUCAUUUACAGAAACAUUGAACAUUUGUCAAAUCUACCUUUGUUCAAGAUUUAGCAGUAUUUAUUUAUUUUAUACAAAUCAAAAUUUCCAUGACUUGUAAAUUAUAAUGUGUACAGUUUUACAGGAGAUGUUUGUCAAGUGAGCCAUGCUAACAAGUACUUAGUAUUUUUCUAUAGUAACUAUGCUAAUUAAUAUUGUGGUUCAUUAUUAUUCUGUUUUUGCAGGAUACAUCCUUGAUAUUAUAAAGUCACCUGGAGUGUAAAAUAUAGUCUAAACAAUAUUGUUUAACAGAGUGAUAGUUCAUUAAUUUUGUCACCUGGAGUGCAAAAUAUAGUCUAAACAAUAUUGUUUAACAGAGUGAUAGUUCAUUAAUCAAAAUUUGGUUGUUAAUUGUCAUAUAAAUAGCUGAAAAAUUCCUAAUAGGCUUGAGUGUUUUUGUUGUUUUUUUUUUAAUGGUGUAACAGAAACUGGUAUUAGAACAUUGAAAUGUAAAACAAUUCUUUUGUAAUAUAUGUAGGUUGUAAUAGAUUAUUAUUGGAAAGUUGAUAAUACACAAUUAAUCCAUUCUAAUCAAAACAAUGUCCAAUGUCUUGGGUUGGUUGUUCUGUCUUUGUAAUUUUUUUUUUUACUAAAUUGUUGAGUCAAACCUUUAUUUUUUUCUUUCCCUCUAGCACCAACUUCAUAAAUAAGAUGUUCAUUGGGAAAUCAGUUUUGUAAUAAAUUAAUGAUCUUUCAUUAUAUUUCUAUAUUUUUGAACAUUGCUUUUAAUGUAAUUUAAAUUGCCACCUGGAAUUUCUUUUUUCUUGGAUUUUUUACUUAAGUUUUCUAUUUGAUCUACUCUCCUGUCUACUUUGUUUAUAUUUAUAUUGUGAACUGAACAAUGUUUCAUUAGUUUUGUUAUAAGUGUUUUUUUUCUCUUGCAUUUAGUCUCUUUGAUAUCUUGCUCCAAAUUGUCAGAACAAACAAAUGUAUUCAACAGUCUUCUGUCCAAUUGAAAUAUUAUAUAUUGAAAUGUUUGAUUUACAACUUAAAAUACAUUGGACAUAGCAGUAUUGUAAAAAACAUUAACAUUAUUGAUAUUGUGACAGUCUUUUAAUGUUGUCAACCUGGAAGACCC